CCUCCCUGGCUCAGACACAUCCAGCGCUUGGCUCUAUACCUGGUGGCCCCCCGAGGCCCCGUUAUCAUGCCAUCGGACGAAACCAAGUCGGCUGCUCUCUUGGCUGCCCGAGCUAUUGCUGGGGCCCAGCGUUGCGUCGUAUUCUCCGGCGCCGGCGCCUCGGCCGACAGUGGCAUCGGCACCUUCCGGGGCGCGAACGGCGCGUGGUCGGGCCUCACCGGCACGCUGGCGCUCCUGUGGGGCGGCACGCCCGUGGGGUGGCGCUGGACGCCGGGGCUCGUGUGGGCCCGCUUCGUGCGCGACUUCUACGGCCCCAUCGCCGCCGCAGAGCCGCACGACGGCCUGAGGGCGCUCGCGGAGCUCCAAGGGCGCGCUUUCGGGGCGGUGAGCUCAUGCAGUUCGUGA